AUGCAAGCCUCCACCCUCGCCAUCUACCUCAUGCCCCCCGUCGUCGCGAUCUACGGCGCGGGUUUACAGCUACACCUCCACACCAUGGUUCUCGCGCUCGCGAGCUUCCUGAUUUGGUUCGCUGCACUGCUUGUCCUGCCCGUGUGCUACAACUACAUUGUGGAGUGCUUCCUGCGCACGCCCGUCGAGGCCAGCGUCGCGCUCAUGAGCGUCUUGAUCAUCACCCAGUGGCAGAUGGCGGUGAGCGUCGGCUGGAUGUGGGGCAUGGGUGCGAUUUUUGUACUGGCGGUGGAUGUGCUGAUGGUCUUGGUGAUCCUGAAGGGGCACUCGGUGAGGAAGCUCACGGUGCAUAUUAGCGAGACAAUUGCGGCGACCGAGGAUGGUGAGAGGAUUAUCGGCGAGAAGGAAGAUGGUGCUUAG